AUGGCAACAAAUGGGCGCAUUCCACCCUUUUAUGAGGUGGAAUCACAACAUACAACAUGCCCCAGCACAAGAUCCCGCUGUCUGGCCAAGCGUAGUGGCUGCAACAAUCAAGGCCACCCUCUUUCGAUACAAAUACCUACCUUAUUUGUUCAGCUUACAUUUCCUUGCAUCCAUGAAAGGAAGGACUGUUAUCCGUCCACUAUUUCUACGAGUAUCCUGAUGAUGAGGAAACGCACAACUUGGGCCAUCAGUUCUUAUGGGGGAGUUCGAUGCUCAUCGCCCCUGUAG